AUGUUAGUCAGUAACAGUAGCAGCUCUGAAGAGGAAACAGAAAAUGUACUAUUAGAGGAUGUAACAAAAAGGCUGCGAUGUUGGCACAAAGAUGACAACUCAUUAAGGAAGAAGCACAAAUCAGAGGAACACACCACCAAAGCAAGGUAGGUUCCUUUCCCGAACAUUGUUUGAACUAUUCUUUGUUAUUAAUUAGAUAUACUAGUAUGAGAGAUUUCAUAGUAGGCUGUCUCAUUGAUUUAACUUGCAUUUAACCUAAAUGUUUUCCUGCAUGGAUAUCUGUAAUCACAAUCAAAUGAAAUCAAUUUGUAUUUGCCACAUGCGCCGAAUACAACAGGUGUAGACAUUACAGUGAAAUGCUUACUUGCAAGCCCAUAACCAACAAUGCAGUUUAAGAUUUUAAAAAAAGCAAAUAAUUAAAGAGCAGCAGUAAAAUAAAAUAACAGUAGGGGGUACCGGUACAGAGUCAAUGUGUGGGGGCACCAGUUAGUCGAGGUAAUUGAUGUAAUAUGUACAUGUGGGUAGAGUUAAAGUGACUAUACAUAAAUAAUAAACAGAGUAGCAGCAGCGUAAAAGGGGGUGGGGGGGCAAUGCAAAUAGUCCGGGUAACCAUGAUUAGCUGUUCAGGAGUCUUAUGGCUUGGGGGUGUAAGCUGUUACGAAGCCUUUUGGACCUAGACUUGGCGCUCCGGUACCGCUUGCUGUGCGGUAGCAGAGAGAACAGUCUAUGACUAGAGUUCCUGGAGUCUUUGAUAAUUUUGAGGGCCUUCUGACACCGCCUGGUAUAGAGGUCCUGGAUGGCAGGAAGCUUGGCCCCAGUGAUGUACUGGGCCAUUCGCACUACCCUCUGUAGUGCCUUGCGGUCGGAGGCCGAGCAGUUGCCAUACCAGGCGGGGUGAUGCAACCAGUCAGGAUGCUCUCGAUAGUGCAGCUGUAUAACUUUUUGAGGAUCUGAGGACCCAUGCCAAAUCUUUUCAGUCUCCUGAGGGGGAAUAGGCUUUGUCGUGCCCUCUUCAUGACUGUCUUGGUGUGUUUGGACCAUCUCAGCAACUGUCUCUGUGCACAGGGAGGAAGAUGACUCUAAGUCCAGACUGCCUCUUCCUGGCAGUGUGCUGGAUAUGUUUACAGAGGAAGAUGAGGACCCACAGACUGAGGACAGCAUGCAACAUGGUGGACUGAUUCAAUCCUUCAAACACGAGAGGAGAAACUGGGCCACUUACGUGUACUUUCCAUGUAAAUGCCUUAUCUUCAGAGCUACAUUCACUCACAUCACAUGCACAAUGUUUUUGUCUUGAAGAGUUGUUUGCUCUCGGUCUUAACAUCCCACUACUUCUUCUUAUUUCCCUCCUUAGACAUCCCAGUGGAAGGGUUCUUGGAGCUGCUUGAUGAGAUGACUAAA